CUCUCUCACCCCAUGCAAAACUAAAAAUUGUAUGUGAAUUUGAGGUAUCUGAGUGUUGGAAGAUGGGUAGGCCUCCUUGUUGCAGUGAAAGUAGCGAUUUGAAGAAGGGACCAUGGACGCCAGAAGAAGAUGAAGUUCUUACGACUUACAUUCAGAAACAUGGCCAUGAAAGUUGGCGAGCACUACCUAAGCGUGCUGGUUUGAACAGGUGUGGAAAGAGUUGCAGGUUGAGAUGGAUUAACUAUCUUAGACCCGAUAUCAAGAGAGGAAACUUUUCAGAAGAUGAAGAAAUUCUCAUCAUUAACCUCCAUUCCACUCUUGGAAACAAAUGGUCUAGAAUUGCUUCACAACUUCCGGGGAGGACCGAUAAUGAAAUCAAGAACUUCUGGAAUACCCAUGUCAGGAAGAAGCUUCUCAAGGCAGGAAUCGACCCAAAAACACAUCAACCGGUUCCUAAUAUAACUUUCCUUCUUGACACAAUUUCCAAGUUAAACCUUCCAUUAAAGGCCCCAGCUAUAAUGAGUCCAUGGAUCAACAAUAUUAAUGAUCAAUUGUUGAACAAUUUAUUGCAAUUUGUAAACAUGACCCCCCUACCAAAACCAACUUUCUUGGAUUCACAGUGUUAUAUGGAAGAAAUGGUUAAUCAGUAUGCGAUAAAUCGUUCUGAAGAUUGGAUGGAGUAUGUAAACAACGUUUCUUUGGAACCACAUAGUGAAUGUGAUUCCAUUGGUGCAAGCUUGAUGGGAAGCUACGGAAAUGGAACUGAGAUUCCUGAAUUGUUUACUGAUCUUAAAAGCAUGAGCCACAACUUGUUUAUGGAGAAUCAGCUUCCUGGUAUACUCCCAAUGUCUCCUGAAGAACCCAUGAACCUCAAAAAUUCACUAGAAUCUAACGCGUUUGAUACUGGAUUUGAUGAUUAUUAUGAAUCUCUUUUGAAGAUUUAGCAAUAGAGUACAUGACCGC